AUGAGUGAAGAUAAACUAUGUAGUGAUGAAGUGCCACAAAAAUUUGCUGAAUGGCUGUUGGUUAUGGGAUGCCCAGCUGAGAAGGUUCCUACAGUAGAUAAAGUGGCUUUAAUGUGCAGAGGUCCAUACUACAUGGUGUGGCGCAGUUUAAUGGAACAUGUUUACCCUAAGAAUGUUAUAAGGGAUAAGAGAUUACAAGUAUUUUGUAACGAUGUGAGCAUAUGUCAGAAAAAAAGCGCUUUCAGUCAGAAUCUGAAUGUGAUUGUGCCUGAACAAUUAUGCCUUUGGCAGCAGCAAAAAGAUUUGAAAGAAAAGGUUUAUGAUGCUGUGAACAGAUUGAAGCAAUCUCAAGAGACACUAAAUCAGUUGAUGGAUAAAAUUACUACAAGGGUGUCGCAACGCAAUGUAUCACAUCAGCAUAUCCAAGACCUUCAACGUAGAGUGUGGCUUCUUCAGCAAGUUGCUGAGGAAUUGCAGUGUAGGAAAGAUAACUUAGAUGAGACUCUGUCAAUUGCAAACUCAUUGUGCUGUCUCAAAAAUGAAAAUGAGAUACAGAAUAUCGUCGACAAAAACGUAGCCGUUCUGCGUCGGCAAGGCAACCAGACGUCCAGUGCUGCUUCUCUAUCUCUGCUUUCUAACGCGAAUCCCGUCGCAAGCUCGUCGGCUAUGUCAAUUCAAAGUGAAUGUACUGAUACCGAGGAGCAGGUGUCGUCGCUGGUGCGGUGCGGCGCGGCGGCAUGGACGCAGCUGCGCGAGCGGCGCGCGGGACUUGCGGCCGCGCUCGCUGCGGCCAACGCGACCCCGCCCGGCCCCCGUGUGCGAGACGCAAGGUUCCUGUCCACAGCACUUGCACUGUAG